AUGGCGCUUCAUCCGCCCCAAAACGCUGCCAAGCUGAUUUUUGCCCCGACGGGCACGGCCAUGUCUGCUGAAUCGGCUGCCGCACCAGGACGAGCCGCGCAAUUCCUCAAGGCCGAGCGGGCGGGCGGCUUGCGCCGGAGCGACCUGGACCCGGAGAACCCCAUCAUGCAGUUCCACACGUGGUUCCGCCAGGCGUCAUCACCCGAGGCCGGCGUAUCCCACCCAGAAACAUGCACGCUGUCGACAGCACAGCUGCCGUCGGGCCGCGUGUCGGCUCGCAUGGUCUACAUGAAGGAGCUUGACUCCCAGGGGUUCGUCAUUUACAGCAACUUUGGCACCAGCGGCAAGGCGCGGGACUUGUUUGGGACUGCCGACGGCUCGAGCACAGGAAAUCCGUGGGCGUCGCUUGUGUUCUGGUGGGAGCCGCUAGAGAGGCAGGUAAGGGUUGAAGGGAGGGCGGCCAGGAUCUCGGCCGCCGAGAGCCAGGCUUACUUCGACACGCGUGUGCGUGGGAGCAGAAUCGGGGCGUGGUCGAGCCGGCAGAGCGCCGUGCUGGUACCGGAUGAGACGCUGGAGGGCGAUGACGGAAGGGCAAUGCUGGACAGGUGGGUGAAGGAGACCGAGGCCAAAUUCGAGGGUGUCGACCAUAUUCCAGUGCCCGAGUUUUGGGGAGGCCUGAGGAUCGUGCCAGAACGAUUCGAGUUUUGGCAGGGCAGGGAGAACCGUCUGCAUGAUCGGUUCGUGUAUGACCGUGUGACGGGUGACGAUGGGCAGGAUAAGUGGACUUUGCAGAGGCUAAGUCCCUGA